CAAAAUUGUUGUUGUUACCAGAAAUUAGUGCAUUUGCAUAAUUCUUAUUUGAUGCCGAAUCCAUCAAAUUAAUUUUUGAUGACAAACACUUCUCGAUAAAGUUUUGAUACAUCUGGAUCCAAAAGUUUCCCAACGAUUGUUCAUCUAUGAUUAUGUUAUGCCGUAAAAAGCAAGGCAGAAAAAGAAUAAGACUUUCAGAUGACAUUUCAGGGAUUUGUAUUUUGAUGAUUUUAUACAUUUUGCAGGGUAUACCAAUUGGUUUGUCUGCAUCUAUUCCAUUUAUGCUACAAUCAAGUUAUUAUACUGGAAGUUAUCAAGCACAAGCUACAUUUUCAUUAGUAUUUUGGCCAUUUUCAUUUAAAUUAGUUUGGGCGCCAAUUAUUGAUUCAAUUUAUAGUACACAUAUUGGACGUAGAAAAACAUGGCUUAUUCCAACACAAUAUGCUAUUGGCAUUGAAUUGAUUAUUUUAGCGAAUUAUAUUAAUCAUUGGUUAGGACGUGAUCCAAACAAUCCAUGGAGUCCAUUGGGUACACAUCAUUCAAUUGAUAUUAUAAGUUUAACAAUUGCAUUUUUUGGAUUGACAUUUCUUGCUGCAACACAAGAUAUUGCUGUAGACGGAUGGGCUAUAUCAAUUUUAUCCAAGAAAAAUUUAGGCUGGGCAUCGACAUGUAAUGUUGUUGGACAAACAAUUGGUUAUGUGACUGCAUUUAUUCUAUUUUUAUGCUUAGAAUCGCCUAAUAUUUCAAAUAGUUAUCUUCGAUGGACACCUAUUGAAGGUAAAGGAUUGAUUACUUUUUCUGGUUUCCUUUAUUUUUGGGGAGUUACUUUUAUGGUGACUAAUACAUUGUUAGUGUUAUUUAAACAUGAAAAUGGAUCAAAAUUGGACAGUGAAUUUAGAAAUUGUUUAAAUGAUCUAUUUGGUAAAUUAUUCAAACGAAUAACAUUAUCGAAUUCACCGGAAUCACAUCAUCAAAAUCAUAAUUGUACACACAAUAAUAAUAAUAAUAAUAUUAGUAAUAGUAAUAAUAAUAAUGAUAAUUCAACAUUUCGUACUGACAUCAUUAUAUCAGAUUUGAAUAAUGCCAAUUCACCUUAUCAUGAACAAAUUCAUGAAGAAAUUGAUGAUGUAAAAGUAUCAUUAAAUUCAAAAAGUUCCUAUCAAACAAAAAAUCACUAUCUACAAGAAAUUAAACCAGCAAAAGAUACAACGAAUCUUGAAUUAAUUUGUAGAACAAAUCAAAUUUCACAACAUCAUGCAACAAAUUAUCAAAGUAAUUCUAUCAAAACUAAACCAACUAAUGUGAAUGAAUAUUUGACUGAAUGUCUUCAAGCCAGCGGUAAUGAUGAUACAAACGAAAUUGAUCGAAAUCAUACAUCGAAUAAUAAUAAUAAUAAUCUUAAAAGAAAUAGUUCAACAGAUAAUAAAACUCAACAAGAGAUUGAUCUAUCACUUAUCGAUACAUAUCGAGUUAUGUUUGGUGUGAUUCGAUUGAAACCUGUUUGGCAAUUUUUAAUUUUAUUAACUACUGUCAAAGUUUGUCUUGCUGCACCAGAAACCAUUUUCAGCCUAAAAUUAAUUGAACAUGGAUUUCCAAAAGAACGUUUAGCACUUUUCGGUGUUCUAUUAAUGCCAAUACAAGCUAUCCUACCAUUAUUGAUAACACGUUGGACAAAUGGACCAAAACCAUUAGGAGUAUUUAUAAUUGCUUUCUUACCAAGAUUACUGGUGAGCUCUUUAACAAUUCCUAUUGUUUAUUAUACACCAUACUUUAGAAUUAUUCCACUGAAUCAAACACAAAUUCAUUUCAUUCAGCUAAAUCGAAGUGAUUUCACUAAUUCCAUUGCGACAACAAAUUCAACACAAAAUUCUACAAUCAAUCCAGUUAAAGAUAUGACUUAUUCAUUUACUUGGUCAUUUUAUAUAUUUUUAUUAAGUAAAUUAUUUAUUUAUUCAAUUAUAUCAAGUAUAAUGAUGGUUGUACAAGUAGCAUUUCAUGCUAAAAUCAGUGAUCCAGCUGUUGGUGGAACAUAUAUGACCUUGUUGAAUACAGUGUCUAAUAUAGUGCAUCAUGUUCUCAGUUCAAAUAAUGCAUUAUUGAAUAAUACAAUGAAUAACAAUAGUUAUUCAUUUUUUGACAAAGAAACAAUAGUAAAACAAUAUAAUGCAACUUGUAAACUACCCCAUGGAAUUAAAGCAUGUGAAACUAUUCACGGGACAUGUGUUACACAAUUAGAUGGAUUUUAUCUAGAAGUGGGAUUAUCAGUUCUGUGCGGUUUAAUUGUUUAUCCAAUUCUUCUAUAUCCAAUGGCUAAUCGUUUGGACACUUUGCCAAGUUCAGCUUAUUCAUUUCGAUUAACUGGUGUUGGUUGUUGUUCACGUCAGAUACCACGUAAAAUCCCCAUCAAUGAAAAUGAAACGGAAUGUUCUCAAUUGAGUGCUUGUUAA